AGGCUUAUUGAGUCUCUUAUUAUACAUAAUAUAUUGGAAAAAUAUGGUGAUGAUCCUGAGACUAUCAGAGGAUUCAAAAGCAAGGAGGACAAUAAUUUGAUAGACAUUGUGGGUGAAGCACUCCUCUUUUUUUGCUUAGCCUUUGGCUUCUCAUCAAUUUAUCCAUCAUUAUUAUCACUAACAUCAUGA